GCGUGCGUGUUGCUGAGUCAGUCAGACCACUGCUCUCUCUCUCUCUCUCCAGUUGUUCUUCGCCUCUGAGACUUUGUUUUAUCCGCCAUCGUCAUUCACACGGUAUGGACACGGAAGAUCGGAGCUGCCUUCUCUCUCUCUCUCCCGCUCUCUCUCUCCUCUCUAUUUCUCUCCUCUCCUCGUCGUUAAUUCGCGUUUUCCUGCCGCCUGACAACUUGUUUGUGUGUUAGCGCAUUGGGCUGCUGCUGUCCAUGGGCGCUGCUGCUGUUGACACACUCCGGUUGUCCGGUGCGCCUCUGCGGGUCGGUUCGGGACGGGUAUCGGUUGGGCGCCGCUUUGUUUUGUUUUGUUUUUUUAAAAAAAUAUUUCUCGAUUUAUUAUUUUUAUGAAUGAAUAACGAGGCGGGGAAAUGCGAGUGACUGCGAAACUCCCUUGCAGCCGGGCUCCCGGGGGGCCAGCCGCCGAUGAGAGGGAUUAACGACGGAGCGGAGCCGCGGCUCAUUGCGGAAAAAAAGCGAGCCUUGACUGCAGCCUGGCGCGGAGACGCACCGUGAGGGAAACGUGCUCCAUAGCGUAGAGCAGCGGACCGAAAACCGCCGUGACCACAAUGUCUAUCCAUAUCGUGGCUCUAGGCAGCGAGUGCCCCGGAGGAGUGGGGCCCGGGGAGGAGAUCAUGGGCCAGGGGCAGCUGCAGGGAGGCUUGCUCUGGAGCUACCUGGGUCAUGGAGCCCUGGUGGGACCCUGCGACCUGGAGAGUAGCCUGCACAACCCAGCCUUCAUGGAGUACACCUCCAGGGUGUUCGGAGAUGUCACCGUGGUGGUCCGGGAUUGUCCCAGCUGGGACUUGUUGGACAGCGAUUGGGCCAGCGUACGGAAAGUUCUUGAGCAGGCUGACAUCCUGGUCAUUAAAUAUUCAGUCACAGACAAGUUGGCCUUCCAGCAGGUCAGGAACGGCUACGCCCCGAGACUCCGCCCCCUCCUCAGGCACUGGGGUGUCCCUGUCAUCCUGGUCGCUGUUGGAGCACGCCUGAAUGACGAAGGCCCUCCUUGUACGUGUCCGUUGUGUGCAUCAGACUGGAGCAGCUGUGUUCCUCACAGUGAAGGUCUGCAGCUGUCCCGGGACCUGGGGGCCACCUAUCUGGAGCUGCCCUCCCUCAACCACGUCUUUGUGGGUCGCUACUUUGGCAGCGUGCUGGAGUACUUCAUGAUUCAGUGUCUGAAACACAAAGCCAAAGAAAGGCCAGAGAAGAGGCGAGGAAAUAAAGUGAAUGAGCUCCGUCCCCCUCACUUAGAACAACCAGCUCGUCUUCCCCCCAUCCGCGUGGAGGAGUCCAGCUUCUCCCAGGACAUGCAGUGGUUGCUGGAGCGUGGCGUACAGUUCGCCGAUGUGGCUUUCUACGCUGGGGAUUCUGGGAAAGAGCUGGGGUGGGCUCAUGCUGCAGUGCUAUGUGCUGUCAGCCCCUACUUCAGACAGCUGCUUCUGGGGCCCAAGACCAGGGAACGCCCACAGUCACGAUGUGUUUGCAGAGAGCGAGACGGAGGCCCCCAUUCGCUGCUCUCUACCUGGGAUGGAGGUAUUAUUGAUGACAUGCCGAGAUCAGAGGGACACCUGACAGGACGUCUCACUCGUCUGGUGGUGAAGGACCCCCUCCUGUGUAUGUGUCUGUGGGAGACUCUCAUGUUCAUCUAUAGAGGAGCGUGGGAGUGGGAGCACCUUCAGGAGGCCCUGGAAGAGAAGCUGAAGAAUUCGCUGGCUGUGGCUCAGCUUAUGGAGCGCAUACGAUCACUCAUUGGCAGAGACAGGGGCCCCAGGGACACACCGAGUGCCCGGGCGGCUCAGCUCGGCCCCCAGACUCUUGUCAACCUCUUCAACUCCCCCCUUUACUCUGAUGUCAUCUUCAUGGUGCAAGGGAGCGUGUUGCCGGCUCACCGGGCGGUGCUGGUGGCCCGCUGUGAUGUCAUGGCAGCCAUGUUUAGCGGGAAGUACGCAGAGGCUCGGAGUCGAGUGGUGCCAAUCCACGGAGUCUCCUCAGACACCUUCCUGUCCUUCUUGGAGUAUCUCUACACUGACUCCUGCUGUCCUGCCAGUGUGCUGCAGGCCAUGGCCGUGCUCGUUUGUGCCGAGAUGUACCAGGUGAAGCGACUGCAGCAUCUGUGUGAGGUCUGUGUGUGUGCGUACCUUCAGAGCAUGCCCAGCAGAGAGCUGGCAUCGACGGGCAUCAGCGUGGUCCGACUACUCCGCAGAGCAAAGUGCCACAAUGCAGAGCAGCUGUACGUCUGGCUCCUCCACUUCAUCGCCAACAACUACCUAAUCUUCAGUCAUAAACCCGACUUCCUGGAGCUCUCAGAUGAGGAGCGUGAGCAGGUGGAGAGGCUACGCUGGCCAUCCAGAGGGUACCUGCAGGAGCUUAGCGAGUACCAGCAGCGACGGCGCAAACUACGAAAGUCCCGCUGUACAGUCAUGUGACCACAUCUGGAUGCCGAAAUUCUGUGGAAGAGAGGAGGGGGGAGCAGAGGAGGGAAUCCAAAGAGAAAAUAACAAAGGAUGAGAGUCGUCAUCAACAUGUGUGGAAGCAGAGUGUUUCUUUCUGGUUGUGCUGCUGGAUGAAGGGCUGACUGAGGGACAGUGUUGCAGUGGAUAAAGAUGUGUGACUCCUUAACCAAUCAGACAUCGUCAAGCAGUGACACACACACACACACGCACACACGCACACACGCACACACGCACACACACGCACACACACGCACACACACAGCUACAAUACGCCUCUCUUCCCCCACAGGAAUGACUGGAGCAUCCUUUGCAUAAUGACUUCUUCAUCAGUGGGAAAUACAAAAUGACCUCUCCUUAAAAACCAAUUUGACUAUUUUGUCUGGCCAUUGUCCAGAAGCUCUGUGAAAGAUUAUAUUUCUACUGGCUGGAGCAAAAUAGUGGAGUUCAAAGAUGAACACUGAUACAAAAUGUCUCCAUUCUGAGUACAGAUAUAUCAAAUGCCCACACAUCUGUUGGAAAACUAACCAGGAUCAUGUCCACACUGUUUCGAACUACAUUAACAGGUAAUGUGACUUCAGGUUGAAAAAGCAAGAAGAAAACAGUGCUGAGGGGUUUUCUUCUCUUCAUGAUACCUGAUCGUUUCCGUGUCUCUUCUAUAUGCUGAACACAGGACUUCUCCAUCAUAAAUUAAACCAUGUUGGCUCAUGUUACAUCUGUGUCCCGUUGGAUCUACAACUUGUGAACAUGUGCAAAUGCAGCAUUUCUUAAGCUGAAGUAACUCUUUCAGCAGAGCGGUGACUGACAGUAACACAGAGAGCAAAUAGUGAUGCUGCUGGUAGCACCGUCAUACUCAUUACCAUCUGUAAUAUAUCAGAAACUCAGUUUAGCAUAUGAGCAGGACCAAUUUAAUUACAAUUCUUUUAUUAGAUUCUUUCACAUCUAUAAUGCAGCAUCAGUGAGUGGCCUGACUGAUUUUAUUACCAUGCAAGAUGGAAUACAAUUUGAUCGCAGUCUGUGUCAAAUGAGGCCAUUUCACUUUGAAAAAAUGGCUUAAAAUAAAAUGCUCAAAUUAAAUGAAACCUUGCUCUGUACACCAAAUUCUGAACAAUCAUCACUGUAUUUUAAAAUUUCAUUUGACGUCUGUUGAGCUGGACUUUUACACCAUUUCUUUUGCAGGUUAAUAUGAAUUCAUGUAGAAAUGAGUCCUUAUCUUUUUGCAAUAACAAAUAAUAAUAAUCUGUCUCCGUCACAAAAAGGCAAAAGCCUUUUGUAGCAUUUACAGAAGUGGUACAAAGAUAUGAGAGAAAGAACAUAUCUUGAACAUAAGUUAGUAAAUUGAAAACCUCAAUGCCUCUGGGUGGGGAUACACGAUAUUUAUUUGAUCCUUUUUUUAAUUUGAGAGGUUGUUUUUAAUCAUAAUGAGAUUAUGAUUUAUUGGUGCUGCAAUUAUUUUUGUAAACAAUACUGUAUGUGGACAUAUAUGAUUUUUUUUUACAUUUGAGUAGAAACUACAGGGUCGCACUACUUUGCAGUCUAAUCUUUCACGGCUAUUUACUUGAAAGGUGUAAAAAAAAAAAUCUUGGUUUAAAAAAAUGGAUAAAGGAUGAUUUAACUUGUCUGAUUCAUUCAACAAAAUAAAAACAAAUAAAGAUCAA